GCUACGCCCAGCUCCCCGCUACCCCCAGCUCCCCGCUACCCCCGGCCCCGCUAGCCCCAGCUCCAGUCCCCGGGCGCCCCGGACCCGCUACCUCCGGCUCCGGUGGCCGGGUGCCCCGGCGCCCCUACCCUCGGCUCCGGCCCCACUCCUCCCGGACCUCGCUCCCCCGCUGCCCGGCACCGCUGUCAGGGGAACCCCGGCCCCUCUCCCCGCCGCGGGUCCCCUCCCCUCUGCCGCGGCCGGCCGCCCAGCCCGCACCCCUCGCUCCUCUCUCUGCAGCCUCGGCUCUGCUCCCCGCCCCCUGCUCCUCUCCCUACACCCCGCUGCCCCCGGCUCUUCUCCCCGCUCCCCCGGCCCGCGCCGCCGGCAACAUGCGCGGGCGGCCGCGGGCGGCGGCAGGCGAGGCUGCGGUGCCGGCUCGGAUGCCCCCUUCCUCCUGCCCUCGCCCGCUCCAGGCGACCCGCUGAGAGAUGGACUUGGCAGGCGUGCUGCUGGCGUUGCUCCUCGUGCUGGUGCUGGUUGUCUCUCUGCUCUCCAACCUCCUGGUGCUGCUAUGCUUCGUCUACAGUACGGAGAUCCGCAAGCAGGUCGCCGGGGUUUUCCUGGUGAACUUAUCCUUUUGCAACCUGCUCCUCACCGUCCUGAACAUGCCUUUCACCCUGCUGGGGAUCCUGAGGAACCAGCAACCCCUCGGAGGCUGCGUCUGCAAAGCGGUGGGUUUCCUGGAAACUUUCCUGACUUCCAACACGAUGCUGAGCAUGGCAGCGCUCAGCAUCGACAAAUGGAUUGCCGUGGUGUUCCCCUUAAGCUACACCAGCAAGAUGCGGUAUAAGGACGCUGUGAUAUUGAUGGGCUACUCGUGGCUCCACUCCCUCACGUUCCCCUUGGUAUCCUUGUUUUACUCAUGGGUAGAUUACAGCAGCGUUUAUGCCUCUUGCACCUUACACCUGAAGGAAGAGACGGAGCGGAGAAGGUUUACAGUGUUCACCAUCGUCUUUCACUCCACCAGUUUCAUGCUGUCGCUGGUGAUCUUGUGUUUCACCUAUUUAAAGGUGUUGAAAGUUGCCCGAUUCCACUGCAAGCGGAUAGACAUUAUUACCAUGCAGACUCUGGUUCUGCUGGUGGAUAUCCACCCCAGUGUGAAGCAGCGCUGUCUUAAUGAGCAGAAACGGAGGAGGCAGCGGGCUACCAAGAAAAUCAGUAUUUUUAUAGGGUCGUUCGUGAUCUGUUUUGGUCCUUACAUUAUCACCAGGUUGAUAGAGCUCCUUCCUUUUGUUACCAUAAAUUACUACUGGGGAAUUAUAAGCAAGUGCCUCACCUACAGUAAGGCUGCAUCAGAUCCAUUUGUUUACUCACUUUUACGUCAACAGUACAAAAAAGUUCUGAUCAACAUCGUCAACAGGAUACUUAAGAGGGACCUGUAUCCGUCAUCGGGGUACAACAGCUCUCUCGACACCGAAAACGAUUACUGCUUGCACAGAACAAACUAACAACAUGAAAAGCAUUCCCCUUCGAGUGAGACAGGUGUUUGCUGCUGCUGGAAAGCUGCCUUUUCCCUCUCAUGCUGACAGUGUCUCCAGGGUGUGAAAGCUGCAUUAAUGCGAUGCAUUUCAUUGUGGACUUUCCUGAAAGGCUCUUCCCUGGUCUGCAGCCGAGUACAAUGUAUGGCAAAGCCUUGUCCCUGAGUGAAUGGAGUAGGCUUGAGGGGUUUUAAGAGAGCCUUUGGAGGCUUUAGAGAAGCCUAAUGUUUUUAAUGUUUCGUGUCUGAAAACUUGGUAUGUCUUGGAGCGUUCCACAUGAGGUGUGAUACUCCAGUGUCUUCUGGGACCACAGGAAUCCCCAGGUUGGAAGGAGAGGUUCAGAGUCCUCUGUGCUGCACAUGUAACUUGGCAGCCCAGGAUCUGCUCUGUUAGUUUUCAACAUUACAAAUAAGUCUUUUAAUUGAUUGAUUUAUUGUAUUGGUGCCUCCAGUGAGUCAGCACUUUGAAUCUGAGAUUGUUGUUAUUAUUAUUUAUUACUAGGCAUCAUGAUUGUAACAUAGCCUUUAGGAAGUGGUACAUAUAUUUGAUAUGCCAGUAUUCUAUCAAGCAUAACCAAAGUCCACAUAUCUGAGUUACUAAUAUUUAGCACUUCAGUGGUAUGUGAUUACAAUAAUUGCAGCAACAGUAAUGAAGACAUAUAUGGAAUUUAGUUAAAUAGCACCGUAGUUCCAUCACUGAGCUAGUAGUCCUAUUCAAACAAGCUUUUAUUCAGAAAAAAAAAAAAAAAAAUCAG